UCGUUCCAUCACACUCAUGACGGUCACGGCCCUACUGGGGAUCCCCCCCAGAACCAGCAAUGAAUCGUCCGCCAUCUUUGCCCUUAACCAAGAUGGCGCCGCGCGCACCAGAUGUCGCAUACUCAAUGACGUCAUAUCCGCUUCCGGAAGUAGCUCUCCAUGGCGGCCUGCCGGUGAUGGUGAGGCCUCGGCGGGGCCUGUGGGAGCUGCGAUCCCCACCGGGGGUCCCGUAACGGGCUCAGGAUCCCCCGGGCCGCCCCCUCUAAUGGCGUCGGGAGCGGCCAGUCGGUCCGAGGACGAGGAGCCGCUGUCGGGGUCGAAGCGGGGCUCGGUGCAGCCAACGGGAGCCGUGCCGAAACGCCGCAGCUCCUCACGGUUCAUCAAGAGGAAGAAGUUCGACGAUGAGUUGGUAGAGAGCAGCCUGGCCAAGUCCUCCAGCCGGGCCAAGGGAGGCGUGGAGCCGGGGCGAUGCUCGGGCAGUGAGGCGUCAUCCAGCGAGAAGAAGAAGGUCUCUAAGGCUGUGUCCACCCCUGUGGCGCCCAGCCCUGUGCCAGCCCCCAGCCUUGCCAAGCGGAUGAAGAAGAGCAAACAGCCCCUGCAGGUGACCAAGGAUCUGGGCCGCUGGAAACCUGCUGAUGAUCUCCUGCUCAUCAAUGCUGUGCUGCAGACCAACGACCUCACAUCUGUGCACUUGGGUGUGAAAUUCAGCUGCCGUUUCAACCUGCGGGAGAUCCAGGAGCGCUGGUACGCGCUGCUCUAUGACCCCAUCAUCUCCAAGUUGGCCUGCCAGGCCAUGCGGCAGCUGCACCCCGAGGCCAUCGCUGCCAUCCAGAGCAAGGUGCUGUUCAGCAAAGCUGAGGAGCAGCUGCUGAGCAAGGUGGGAUCGAUGAGCCAACCCACACUCGACACCUUCCAGGAGCUCCUCCACAAGCACCCCGAUGUCUUCUACCCCUCCAGGACAGCCAAGGCCCUGCAGCUGCACUGGCAGCUCAUGAAGCAGUACUACCUUCUGGAUGACCAAACCGUGCAGCCACUCCCCAAGGGGGACCAAGUGCUCAAUUUCUCGGAUGCUGAGGACAUGUUGGAUGACAACAAGCUGAAGGAUGUACGGGAUGAUGUGCUGGAGCACGAGCUGACCGUGGCCGACCGCCGCCAGAAACGGGAGAUCCGACAGCUGGAACAGGAGCUGCACAAGUGGCAGGUGUUAGUGGACAGCAUCACAGGUAUGAACUCUCCGGACUUUGACAGCCAGACUCUGGCCGUGCUGCGGGGCCGCAUGGUGCGGUACCUGAUGCGCUCUCGAGAGAUCACGCUGGGCAGAGCCACAAAGGACAACCAGAUCGAUGUGGACCUGGCACUGGAGGGACCGGCCUGGAAGAUCUCCCGCAAGCAAGGUGUCAUCAAACUGAAGAAUAACGGGGACUUCUUCAUCGCUAACGAGGGCCGGCGCCCCAUCUACAUUGAUGGGCGUCCUGUGCUUGGUGGCAACAAGUGGAAGCUCAACAAUAACUCUGUGGUGGAGAUCGCCAGCCUCCGCUUCGUCUUCCUCAUCAACCAGGACCUCAUCACGCUCAUCAAGACGGAGGCAGCCAAGAUGGCCCAGCAGUGAUGAGGACGGGGGGGCUGCUCUGAUACAUCCCCUCCAGCCCUACAGGGAGAGAUGGGGGGUGGUCCCUCCUGGCCCCCCUCAGCUGGAGGGUGGUGGGUCUCACCCUUCCUUGGCCCCAGGCUUGUGGGCUUGCAAAUAAAAGUGUUUUACCCCCACA